CUUGCGUCUCUGAGGGAGAACCUGGCAUCAUGGUCCCUCUAUCGUCCAAGGAGAAGGCACAGAAGCAAAAGCGGGGGUCUCAGCCUAGCGGUCGCCGCCAUUCUCGGGCUUCUUCGUGGGGUAACGAGUCCCGGCCGGGUCCUGCCCUCCGGAGUCAGGCCAGAGCAGCAGGCCCAGUUCUCCGCAGUCAAGCAGCCAGGCCAGGCCCUGCAGUCUUCAAUGGCCGUGCCCCACCGCCAGGUCCCGCCUUCCCCAGCCAUGCUUCCAGGUUGGGCACUGCUUUUUGCAGUCGUUCACGUGCACCAGGUCCUGCCUUCCGAGGUAGUGCUUCCGUGCCAGGCCGUUCUCUCCCGGUUCGCCACUCAUCCACGUCAGGCCCUGCUGCCGCAAAGCGCCCAGCUCCUCACCGCCGUGCAUCCGCGCCAGGCCCAGCUUCCAGCAGCUGCGCGUCCGCGCCGGGGCCAGCUCCCCGCCGCCGUGAGUCCGCCUCCGGUCCAGCUCCUCGCCGCCGUGAGUCCGCCACCGGUCCAGCUCCUCGCCGCCGUGAGUCCGCCACCGGUCCAGCUCCUCGCCGCCGUGAGUCCGCCACCGGUCCAGCUCCUCGCCGCCGUGAGUCCGCCACCGGUCCAGCUCCCCGCAGCCGUGCAACCGCGCCUGGCUCAGCUCAACGCCGCCGUGCAUCCGCACCGGGCCCUGCCCCUAGCUCUACUUCCCGUGGCGGUGCAUCUGGGCCAAGCCCUGCUCACCGCCGCCGUGCAUCCGCGCCGGGCCCUGCCCCUAGCUCUGCUUCCCGUGGCCGUGCAUCUAGGCCAAGCUCUGGUCUUCGCAGCCGUGCAUCCGGAUCAGGCCCUGCCCUCCAAAGCAGAGCCAAUCCGCUAGGCCCUGCCCUCCGCAAUGGCUGCACAACUCCAGGCCAUGUCCUCCCGAGCCACCCUACCCAGAGGUCAUACCGUAGAAGCCGCCUGUCUCUGCCUGUGCCUACUGGCCUGAAUCCUUCUCCCGGGUUGGCCUCAGGAGAGCUUGUGUCCCAGAGCAACUCAGGCUCUCCUGAUGUAUCAAACCGUGAUUCCCAGCCCCGUUGGCAUGCAGUCCGUAUGCGGGCCUCCUCUCCCUCACCUCCUGGUAGGCUCUUUCCUUUCUAUGAGCCGCAAGAGGAGAGCUCCUCCUCUUCCUCCUGCUCCUCUUCCUUUUCCUCCUCCAAUAAUUGUUUUGACCAAUGCUCUUCUUCCCCUAAGUUUUGUGGUGUGGGCUCAGUCUCCACUCCUAGUCCUGCAAGGCUGAGGCGUGCCUUGCUGCCAGAGUUUGAAGCCCUGAGCCCUCUCUCUUCAGGAGAACAGGAGAAAAUAGGGAAUGAGCCUUCCCCCACUACACACCCUGGGGUGUGAGCUACCUUGAUAUACUCCUAAAACCACAAAAGGAAUUAUGCACCCACUGACCUGAAGGGUCUACAGUUUCCUUUGAGGUUUACAAGUGUUCUAGCCAUUAACUGACAUUAUGAGAAAUUUUGUUGCUUUUUGGUGAGUAGUUUUGAAGCCUCUCCUUCCCAUAACAGCACUACCUAGCACUUAUCUGCUGUUGGCCCUUAAUUUCAGGCCUGCUUUUUCCUCAAAAAGGCCUCCCUUUGCCCCUGAGUUGAGAUUGCCUUUUUCCAAGUUACGUUUAUAGAAUGAAAUUUUUGAAUGAAUAAAAUAAAAAUGUUUGACUUCA